AUGAAGAGGCGGCGGCGCAGGCCCCGGGAGGCCCUGGCCCCGGCCGCCCGGGGAGGAGCCUCUAGCGCUGCAGGAGGGGCCGCGCUGGAGGCGCCUGAGGAGAAGGUGGUGUACACGCUGGGGCACCAGCCCCCCGAGGCCCGCGUCCAGACGCGCCUGCCAGCUGCCAGGAGGAGGCGCCACGGAGCCCGGAAGGUCGCCGCCGGCCAGAGGAAGGUGCCGCCCCCGCCGGCGCCGUCCCUCGAGGACAGCAGCCCCCUGGAGGAGAGUGGGAGGGCGGCCACUCCGACGCUGUCCACCUUGCCCACCAUCCGCGUAGUCGGCGACGUCUGGGCCGAGAGCAGCGUGGCAGAAGCGCGGCGCCAAGCGUGCCAAGUCCUGGGAGUGAACCUGGCACCCGUGGUGAUACUCUGCCGCUUCCCAGUGCCUGGGCGAGAGAUGCGGGCCACCACCGCGCGACCUCUCAGCCCCAGGACGGCUUGUGCCUGGAGGGAUGAACCAGUGAGAGCCGGGCCCGCGUCCCCUAGUGCACUGUACGGGCGAAGAAGCACCAGAGGAUCCCGGCCCGCGCCCCCUGGAUGCGGCGCCGCCUUCUGGGACUCCGGGGCAGCUGUGCCCUCUGCUGCCUCCCAGCACCGGGUCUGCGGAGGGAGGAGACCCCUGGACCGCAAGGGAGGUCCCCUUUCUUCCUAA